AUGGAAACAUGUUUUAAAUCCUCUCCAAAUGAAUCAAGUAAUGCUGUAGAAUUAUAUACACCAUUUGCAGCAUCCCCACCAAGUCAAAUAACAAAUCCAUUAUUAGCACAAACAACUGCUCCAAUAUCUUCAGUUGUUAGUUCAUCACCAAUUGUAUCAUCAACAUCACGACUAUCAACAUUAUCAACAAAUUCUUCACCACAAGCAACACCAAUUGCAUUUUUUACUGUAAAUCGAUCAGAUCAUGUUAUUAUUUAUUUUGAUACAACAUAUCAACAUUAUAUGAUAUUUACUUAUUUACCAACACUUCACUUUAUACAUUCAGAUUGUUAUGAAUUAUUUAAUAUUCAACAAAAACAAAUAUUAAAUCAACAAAUAAAUAAUACAAAUAAUGUUAUUGAUUCAAUAUCUACUGAUAAUGGAAAAGUUUCAACAAGUAUUCCAUCACUUAUAAAUACAUCUAUGAUUAACUCAACAUUAAUUGGAAAUAAUGGAUUUAAUCCAUCAACAACUCCACUGCUUGGUCAAGUUACCGAUAAAGAAUAUUGUCAAGCUAAAAAAACAAAUAAUCGUUUUAAUGUACCAUUAGGUACGAAAUUCUAUCGAGUUCGUGUUAAACCAUGGAAACCAACAAUAUCUUCUUCACCAAACUAA